CGACGCUGCGUCAUGGAGGCAGCAGCAGAGUAGCCGCGGGCGCGGUCACAUGACCAGGCUGCUGUGGCUGUGCUGCUGCUGACAUGGCGGCCGCCGACCAGCUCCAGUUCCAAGAGUUUGAUGAAGCCGCUGACCUCCUCGCUGCAAGUCCGAAUGCCACGACAAAGAGCCUCAGUGAGGAGAAGAGUCCGGAUCACGCCACAUUGCACGUGGGUGGAGAUAGUGAGGAAGAACAGGGGGAGACAGAUCAGACGGAGCUCCUCUCACCUCAGAAGACAUCCUCUGGCUUUUGGACCUUCCAGUACUACCAGGAUCUUUUUGAUAUAGACACCCAUCAAGUAUUAGACCGGAUCAAAGCUUCCUUCAUCCCUAUUCCUGGAAGGAACUUUGUGAAACAUCACCUGCGCAACAACCCAGACCUAUACGGGCCAUUCUGGAUAUGUGCCACGCUGGUGAUCACGGUCACUGUUGUCGGGAACCUAGCAACAUUUAUUCAGAUGUAUGACCGUCCCGGUUAUAACUACAGCCCUCAGUUCCACAAGGUAACGGUUGCUGGUUUUGCAAUAUACAGUUAUGCCUGGCUGGUGCCUUUGGGUCUCUGGGGUUUUCUACAGUGGAGGAAAGGGGUGAGCCAGUCUGUCGGGACCUACAGCUUCAUGGAGACUGUGUGUGUCUAUGGGUACUCUUUGUCUGCGUUUAUCCCAUCCACAGUACUAUGUGUAUUCCCUAAUGAAAUCUUCCGCUGGAUUAUCCUGCUCGUAGCCAUGUGCCUCUCCGGCUUUGUUCUCAUUCUUGCCUUCUGGCCGCAUAUACGAAAAGACAACAAAGUGGUAUCUCUUGGCAUGGUAAUCAGCAUGUUGGUUCUACACGUGCUUCUGGCUGUUGGCUGUAAGGAGUACUUCUUCAGGACGGUGGAAGCCAACACUACAGGAGGUUCUGUCAUUACCUCCACUACACCAAAAUUGCUCAUAACCACACAUAAGCAGUAAAGCUGUCUCUGUGUGUACAAGGACUAUAUUACGAAGGAUGGAUACACAUUGGUCCACAUCUAUGGCACUUCAGAUACUGGAUCACCCAUAUUCAGACAUUAUUCUUAUGUCCAAUGGAAGUUCACUUAUUAUCUGUUUAUCAAAUUCUUCUCUAUUUUUGUUGGUUGCGAUUAUUUAAUGAGGUGAAGACAAAGUUUGCAUAAUAAAGGGUGGGUUUCUCUUGUAAGAA